CAAACUUUCUCCUCUUCAUGAAAAGCAGCUACACUCAGCUCGCCGAAUAAUGUUUCAUCACUCUUCCGUUGCCCCUACGUCGAUACCGCAUUCCAUUUCUCUCAUUCGAGGUAAAUCCUCUGAUUUUAAUUCGAUCUGUUUUACAAAGCGCCACAUAUACAACCACAUAUUGAUAUUGGUUUGUGUGCUGCGGAUCUACCUUCGGCACACUAGCCUAUAGAUACCUAUAUGAGUGUAUAUACGACACUCAUAGCUGUCUCUUUUUGUAUCAAAGGAAAAGGGACUACUUAGCUGUUACCUUCGCGGCAUCACAACUCAUUCAACUCACUCUAACUUGGUUAAUCGUUGUCCGUGGCUCGGAUCUUCCCUCAUUAGUCGUCUCGUUGGUGACUUUGGAUCCAGGUGUAACUGGGAACUUCCUUACAGACUUAUCAUCCCCACACACCUAAUUCUUCAUCGAUCCACUGUCACAAGCUCCCGCAAAUCAGCUAUAUGCUAGUCGGCUGGUUGAUUUAUCAGUGAAUAUGUAUAAUUGAUCUCCGUCAUUUCCCCAUGCAUAUGUACCGCCAGAGUACCGACCCUUUUGAAUAUCAAUCUUCAAGAGUUGUACUCAAGUCUUGCCGGUGAUUCAUCUGUGCCGAAGUUCAUAUAUUAACGCUUUUCUUGGCCAAAAGAGGUGCUUCCAAGUUCUCAGCUUUCUCCCCCUCCUCCAAAUCAGUCAUUCAUCGACUUUUUUCUUCUUCUUUUAUUUCCUCUUUACCGUGGACUUGAAAUAAGGCAAAGGGCUCCUGCAGUUCUUCAUUCACUCAUAUUCAUUCUUCCUCGUCUUCUAAGAUGUCACAUCCAUACGGGCCUCCUCCUAUACCAUGGAGCUCGAGACCGCGAGUGGACAAUCGCAGGCCCUCUCAGCCAUCAAUCGCAGCGAGUAUUUCUAACAUCAUGUACAAAAAUGCCGUGUAUUAUCCCAACUAUCGGGUCUAUCGUGGCGAGACACCUGCGUCGUUGAACUUUAGUUGUAUCAGCCAUGUUUUCUAUGCUUUUGCUCAUGUUGGCCCGGAUGGUGGAGUUUUUGUGAGCUUCUCCCUUUUUUGAACAAGGUUCCAAAUCGUUGCUAACUACAUAAGCUGAGCGAUGAUUGGGCAGAUAUGCAAAUGCCCGUUGAUGGUGCUACCGGAUGCCUAGGAUCAUUUAUGCGUUUGAAACAACAGCAUGAACAUCUCCAGCUCAUUAUCUCUAUAGGUGGUGGCGCAGCUAGCCAAAACUUUGCACAGGUCGCUGCUUCAGCUGCCACAAGAGAUCACUUCGGAAAGUCGGUCCGAGGUCUGGUUGAUGCAACAGGUUUCAAUGGUAUCGAUAGUAAGUUUUUCCCCCCUAUGGCGGAUAAUACUCAUCUGACGAGCCUAGUCGAUUGGGAACAUCCUUCAGAUCCCGAACAAGGUCGAAAUUUUCUCGCCCUUCUUGCUGCUGUUCGGCUUCAUUUGCCCGAUGAACGAUAUUUGCUGACGGCUGCUUUGCCCGCCGGCCGAUGGGCUUUGCAAAACAUCGAUCUUUAUAAAGCUCAAGAUUAUCUGUAAGGACAAUUGUUGAUUACACAGCCCCCAAAAAUGAAACUUUAAUUUCUUGGUUAUCCACUUCCUAGUCCGAUCAGUCUUUUAUAGUCUAUCAGUACUGACCAUUCUUUUGCUUUAGAGAUCUAAUCAAUCUUAUGGCUUACGACUUUUCUGGUUCAUGGUCACACAGGUCAGGACACCACGCCCAGCUUUACCCCGGAAACAUGCCGGAUGCAGCAAACGGGAGUGCUGCUGUCGAUUAUCUUAUAUCGACCGGGUUCCCGGCUUCAAAGAUAUUACUUGGUGUGCCAGUGUACGGGAGGUCGUUCUUGAACUCCAGAGGACCGGGACACCCAUAUCAUGGUUGUGGCGGCGAUGAAGGAACAUUCGAGUACAAGUUAUUGCCAAGGCCUGGAACUCAAGAGGUGGUGGAUACUACCACCGUUUCAGCUUCCUGCUAUGGGGGCGAUGGAGGAUGGGUCUCUUAUGACAACCCACAGACUGUUAAGAUAAAGGCUGAAUAUUGCAGGCAAAGGCGUCUUGGAGUGGGUUAGCUCUUUCCUGUCAGUCAUACGUGUUUGCUAAUCAAAUUUAGGGUUUAUUUUAUUGGACAGGGACAGCAGAUGCAUCUGGUCCGAGAAGUUUGAUAUCAUCUGGUUUUAAAGCUCUACAUGACGCAUGAGCUGUGAAUAUCGACUUGUACGGGGGGGCAUUGAAAGUGCUAAUUUGAUGGCUGGGAAGAGUAAGACAUUUGAAGCUAUGUCGAGGAAGGUCUGAUAAGACUGAUCUGGAAAACGUAAUUUUUCGAGUGGUCUAACAUGUUUUCAACAUUGGGAAGUGCUGGCUCUCUCGUUCCCUUUAUGGAUUUAUUAUGAUUUAUGAUGAAAUGACCAAGGAAAUAGCAUUGGGUGGUUGGUCUGAAAAUACUCGGGGGGUUAGACAAGUAUACUCAAAAUGGUAGCUACAUCAGCUCAAUGUAUAAUAAGGCGAUUUUAAAUUUCAUACUUAGAUACAUGUGUUUUAGAGACCCGAAUUAUCAAG